GUUUUCAGAUACAGUCGAGAACGUUGAAAGGAGAGAAGAUGCCGACAGACACAGGAAGUGGGUAAUGACAGAGUGGGACCAGACAAACAGCAGGGAGGAGCAUGACGGAGACACAGGCCUGUUUGUCAUCCAGCAUGUGACGCUGGCAGCCUGAAGGCAGCGGCGUGCGUGUAUCCGUGUGUAAAGAGCUCCUCGGUUCAACAAAGAAAGUCAACGUCAACUUCCAGGAUACAGACGGGUUUUCUCCGCUGCAUCAUGCGGCUCUCAACGGGAACCUGGAGCUCAUCUCCAUCCUGCUGGAGUCUCAGGCCGCCGUGGACAUCCGAGACCAGAAAGGCAUGCGGCCGCUGCACUAUGCGGCCUGGCAGGGGAAGGCGGAGCCUAUGAAGAUGCUGCUGAAGUCGGGCUCAUCUGUCAACGGCCAAUCAGAUGAGGGGCAGAUCCCGUUGCACCUGUCGGCCCAGCACGGCCACUAUGAUGUGUCUGAGAUGCUGCUUCAGCACCAGUCCAACCCGUGCAUCGUGGACAAUGCAGGGAAGACUCCUCUGGACCUGGCCUGCGAGUUUGGCAGAGUUGGGGUGGUCCAGCUGCUGCUGUCCAGUAAUAUGUGCGCUGCUUUGCUGGAGCCUAAAAAAGGAGACACCACAGACCCCAACGGCACGUCCCCUUUACACCUGGCUGCGAAGAACGGACACAUAGACAUCAUCAGACUCCUGAUCCAGGCUGGCAUCGACAUCAACAGGCAGACUAAAGCGGGAACUGCCCUGCAUGAAGCUGCUCUCUGUGGAAAGACGGAGGUAGUGAGACUCCUGCUGGAGAGUGGAAUCAAUGCCACUGUAAGAAACACCUACAGCCAGACUGCACUGGACAUUGUCUACCAGUUCACUGCAACCCAAGCCAGCAGGGAGAUCAAGCAACUACUGCGGGAAGCAUCAGCAGCUUUGCAGGUUCGGGCUCUGAAGGAUUAUUGUAACAACUACGACCUGACCAGCCUCAACAUCAAAGCAGGAGACGUCAUCACGGUUCUGGAGCAGCACCCCGAUGGGCGCUGGAAGGGCUGCAUCCACGACAACCGGACAGGAAACGACCGAGUCGGCUACUUCCCCUCCACCCUGGUGGAGGUCAUCAGCAAGCGCACCGGUUUGGCCAGCAAAGUCAUUUGCACUCAACAGUUUCAAAAGAUACCGCUGGUUCCCCCGGCGACGGUUGCCCCUGCCAACGCGGUUGUCAACGGCAACGACACCACGUUUCAUCAGAUCCAUAUCCUGCCUCCACCGCCUCCUCCUCCACCACAUUCCCAUCAGCCACUGCUUCCACUUUUCACUUCCUUUGGCUAUAACAGGUCGCCCGUGACAACUCCACAGGGAGACACACCCACUGCCCCAGGUUGUCGAGGCUCAGAGGCAAGUCCUCACAGUUCUCCCACUCCAUCCAGCGGGCCCCAUGGAGGCUCCAAUGAAGAAAUCUGGGUUCUGCGCAAGCCCGUGGCAGGUGGAGACCGCAGCAGCGUGGGAAGCUCUGGAAGUGUGACCAGCUUGAGGUCUUCGGGCAGCGGUCAGAGCGCCGGCAGCGCUCCACACAUUCUCCACGCUCAAGCAGAGGGUGUUAAGCUUCUGGCCACGGUGUUGUCGCAGUCGGCCAAAGCCAAGGAGCAUCUGAUGGAACAGUCCAUGUCUGUGGACCAGCCUGCAGCCUCCACUCGGACAUCGAGCCAAUCGGGUUGUCCGCUGCACGAAGCGCCGCCUUAUGAUGCCACGGCAACCAGGAAGGGGGAGGGCCCAGGGGACGGGAAGAGCUCAGAGGCCGUUGUCCAAUGGCUGAGCGACUUUCAGCUGCAGGUCUACGCUCCAAACUUCCUGAAUGCUGGGUAUGACUUGCCCACCAUUAGCCGAAUGACCCCGGAGGACCUGACAGCAAUCGGGAUCACCAAACCGGGUCACAGGAAGAAGAUCGCAACAGAGAUUAACAAACUUAGCGUCACAGAAUGGCUGCCUGAGCAGAAACCUAACAACCUCGAGGAGUGGCUGUCUGCCAUCGGGCUCAGUCAGUACCACCAGGUGUUGGUUCAGAAUGGCUACGAAAACAUCGACUUCAUCACAGACAUCACCUGGGAAGACCUGCAGGAGAUUGGCAUCACCAAACUAGGUCACCAAAAGAAGUUGAUGCUGGCAGUGAAGAAGUUAGCGGAGCUACAGCGCGUGACAGAUGGGAGGGGCUCUCCGAGGAAAAAGCCUCCACCAAUCACACAACAGCAGGAAGUCAUGUCUAUUGACAGCCCUCCCCCAGAAGAGGUGAUGUCUCCAAAGAUGAGCACCUUCCAGGAUAGUGAAUUGAGCCCCGAGUUGCAAAAUGCCAUGACACAGCCCCGGCAGGAGGUGAAAGCUCAGCGAGUUCGCACCCUCAGCAAAGACUAUGAGGAGACCACAGCAGGAGGAGGUGGAGGACCGCCUAAGAAGGAAGCACGGACUAUGAGGCAGCAGAGCAGCCAGGGCAGCACCUCCUCCCACAGAGGCAGUGUGUCCUCCCAAGGGAAACACCGUCAUUCCCAUUCCCACUCCCAGCCUGCACCACCCUAUACACCGCCUCAUACGCCGACCAAGACCAGGACUUCCUCGUCCUCGUCCACGUCCUCUGUUCAAAGCACUGCUUCCCCACAGCCUAAAUCCAAGCCAUCUCAAGAGUUGAUCCAGGAGGAGCGCCCUCAGGCACCGCGCUCACACCCCCCACAGUCUCCAACCCAUCGCGGAGCACCGUGUCAGCUCCCCCAACAACAGCAGCACUCUCAAAUCCAGUUGGAGCAGCAGCACCACCCACAGGCAAUGGAUGUUAGGGAGACCCAGCAGGCUCAGGUCCCACUUCUCUGUUUACCACCAGAGGCGGAACUGGCAGAGGAAGAGGACGCAGAUCCCUCGCUUCUCCAGAAGAAACGUGCACACAGCCUCAACAGACACGCCGUUUCAGAUGGGGAGUGUGAUGAAAGGCCCAACAGGGAGGAAAGGGAAGCAGAAACACCUGGAGGUCAGGGCCCACCUGUCAUGAGACCGGAAGGCGGCAAAUAUGCAACCGUGACUCACCGCGUCAGCCGAAGCCACUCUGUCCGCAACCAGGACAAGGGAGGCAACCGCAACCACACGCAGACCUUUGCCCUGCGCCAGAAGAAAAAAGGUCCCCCUCCACCGCCGCCCAAACGCUCCAGCUCCGCCAUCUCCAGCUCCAGCUCCAACCUGACGGAAGCUAACACGCAGCUGCAGACGCUAACCACCACCGGCGGAAUGUUGGACGUGCCUUACCACCAGCAGCGCAGGGCCAGCGAUCUGGGAGUGUCUGUGGAGGCCACCGCCGUGGAGACCACCAGCAUGGGCAGUGUAAGGAGCAUAGCUGCCAUGCUGGAGAUGUCCUCCAUAGGGGGCGGAGCUAAAGGCAUGGCCCUGCAAAAGAACUUCCUCCAGGUGGGAAAAACACGCGAUGCCAUUGGUCUGGAUGGAGAGGUGGUGAACCGACGGCGGACCAUCAGCGGCCCGGUUACAGAGCUAGUCGAGGCUGCAAGGCGCGAACAGCCAGCCCCCUCAGACUUACUCCCCAUCUCCAACCUAACUGAAUCCUCCCCUCCCCUGCCGUCACCUCACUAUACGUCCUCAACGCAACCUAAUUCAGGCGGCAGCAGCAGUUCAUCAGAAAACCUACCAUUUGCUGAGGAGGGAAGCCUGACGAUUCGCCGCCAAGGACGAGAAGAAGGAGAAGGACAGUGUGUAUUUUGUGUAUGCCUGCAGGGUGACGGCGAUGGCCCCCAGAGGGACGCCGGACACACCCCGGAGGACAGAGUGGAAUCGACAGCUACCCUCAAACGAAGGCCGCGCAGCUCCAAGUCCCACCCCAACGGCUCAGACUUCAUCCUCCAAGAAUCCUCUACCGUCAAACGACGACCCAAAAGUCGAGACAAAGAACCUGAGGGCUACACAGACCUGUCUGCUGCCAACGGGGAGCCCGUCAGCACCGUCCAGCCUAAAACUACCCAGCCAGUUCCCUAUCAAAACGGUACAGCCACAGUGAAACGCUGUCAGCCGUCUGAUGCCGUAGUGUCAGAGCCACAACCCCAGAAUCAUCCACAGCAAGGGACGACUAACACCCCCCACAGAGACAGUGUGGACCAUGGAGCUCCAACUGCAAAUGAAGGAGGUCCUUUAAGAAAGCCAAAGCCUCCAGUCUCCCCAAAGCCUGUUGUUGCACAGAUAAAGAGACAAGGCACCCAACAGAACACCCAACAGGCCGUCCCCAACAAGAAGAUCCCACUGCCAGGCCCUGGAACGCCUGGAAGUCCAGUGGAAGGAAAGAAGAUUCCUCCCCCUGUUUCGCCCAAACCAGCGCCCCCGCCCACAGCUCCCAAACCAGCCAAACUCAUCCACUCCAUGACCAGCCCCUCGUCCCCCACCACGGCUUCUGUUCCUGUCAAGCAGCACUCUGUAGUGGCCCGACAGACCAGUUCGCCCCCCACGUUCCCACCGUCCAACACUCCCAGUCCCCCGAACGCCAAACCAACGAGUCCUUCGCCCCAAAGCCCCCACACGCCCCAAACGCCCACUACCCCACAGACGCCACUGACUCCCGCCACUCCCAGCCCUACCCCUCCUCCUGUCAAACCGCCCCGCUCCUCCAUUGGGGGGGUGUCAGUAGACAGUGGGAUUGCAGGGGGCGCCUUCAUGCCUCACGCCAACACCACCGCCGAGUUUGGCGUGGAUUCUUUGGUGCAUCAGAAGCUGGAGGAGACGAGCGCAUCCCUGGCUGCCGCUCUGCAGGCUGUGGAGGACAAGAUCCUACGUCAGGAGGACUCGGUGGCGGAGCAGAAAACCACGGUGAGCAUCCUGGACGACAUCGGCAGCAUGUUUGACGACCUGGCCGAUCAGCUGGACGCCAUGUUGGAGUAACGGGAACAGCUUUUCGUUCCCUUGAGGCGACCGCCCCAGGAGAGACUCGGCGGCACGACGGGCAGCAUGCUUCUCCAUCUCCCUGCCUCCUCAUCCUCCUCUCUCCGCCAAACUCCGCCCCUCUCUGUGCUCCAACUGCCAUCCAUCCACUCGUCUCCAGAAGACCUGCUCCUUUCCUCCUCUCAUUCUCUGGCUCUCACAGAGAAAAGGAGCAAAAAAAAACAAAAAGAGAGGAGGUGCUAAAAGAGAGAAUAAAAGGACCAAAAGACUUAUGAGGAGAGAACAGGAAAAAUAAGAGAUGGAGACGAGGAGCAGCCCAAAACCAAUCAGACUCUUCAGGAGAAAAAACACUGAUUGAAAAACUCACUAUGUGAUGAAUCAUAGUGUGGGUCUGUGUACAUUCUAAGCAUGGAGAGUUUAUAUCUACUGAAAAGUCCUGCAUUAGCACAGUAAUAUAUGAUAUAUAUAUACAUAUAUAUAUACAUCUCUAGCUCUUGGUUUGAUGUCCUGGUUCUGUGUGGAAUGGUGACCUCUGGUGUUGUGAUGAUGUAAAUGACUUGAUGGAAUCUUUUUUUUUUUUUUUUUUAUCUGUGACCAAAAUGAGAAUCUUGAGUUCCAAAAGGAUUGGUGUGUGUGUGUGCGUGUGUGUGCGUGCGUGGGUGUGUGUGUGUGUGUGCGUGUGUAGCCGGUGUGGAUGAGAACUCGUGGAAAUUCAGGAUUGGAUUCAGUUUCUUGUAUUGGAAGAAUCUCUAAACCCAUCAUCUUUACCAUCUUGUACACACGGAAGAAGCACAAUGACUCGUGCACACACAUGCACACACACACGCACACACACGCACACACACACACACAUGCACACACACAGCAUUCACAGUAAGAACUGUGGUAGGUUACAGAAAUCGACUGUAUCUGAGAACUGGACAAGGUGACUCCUCCCACCUGUCGUUCCAAACGGGAAGCAGCUGUUACUCAGUCAUUCUGUUUGUCAGAAUAAACAUUCUCGAUCAUUCUCCGUUCCUUCUAAUCCUCCUUUUUCUUGAUAUUUUUACUUUAUUUCAAGUUAUAAACUGACCAAUCAGAUGCAAGUAUGGGGUCUCACGUUGAACAUUUGGAUGACAGAUUUCAAGUGAAAGGGGUGUGGCCUUCCAACAAGUUCACUCUAGAUUGGCGAGAGUGGUUGCCAUAGAAACGUCGACUCGGACCAAUCACUGCAUACUAACAUCGUCUGGCUCCAACAUGGCGGCUUCCAUAUUGCAAAAAAAAAAAGAAAAAACUUUAUUUCGCAACUAUUUUCUAUGGGUGACAUCACACUCACUCAGUCCAGUUCUCAUGUACAGUCAGUGUUUACAGUCUGAGGGUCAGAAAGCAGAUAAAGGCGGUGAAUGUUACAGUCAAUAAAGACAGAAAAAAAUAAACUUUUUCUUGAUGUUUGUGAACAAAAGGCCACUGAGGAUGAAAACCGCUCAGUAGAUAUUCUAAAGAUCAUUUCCAGAGCAGGGAUUAAAUUCCUAAAACGUUUACUUUAAUCUCAAAAUGGUGAAAAAAGUCAGAUUUUUUUUUUAUUUAUUACGAACAGAGUUGUUGCUGAUUUAAACCUUUUUUCCUGGUUAUUUUAACAUCACGUCCUGAUUCUGAUCUGAUUUAGCUCAGAAAUUCAAAGUUUUUUUUCUCAUCAGAAUUCAAUUUUCCUUCGUUUUUUCUCUGGUUUGAACUUUUGUUUUUUCAUUAAUCUGUCCUGAGUUUAUUUUUUAUCUUAUAAAAAUGAUAAAAGAAAAAAGAGUUAUAAAAUAAUCUGAGUUCUGAUACAAUUCUGAAAACAUUUAGUUUUAAAACUUACUCUUAAAUAGUUGGAUUUUUUUCCCGUAUUGCCCAGAGUUGUGACUUCAUCUUUAGAAUUCAGAUUUCUCUUAACCCAGAUUUCUGUCUCUAAAUGCAGAAUUACUUUAUAAUUCUUUGAGUUCAAUCUUUGAAUGAUGACAAACUUUUUUUUUUGUUUUUUUCCCUCUAACCAUCUUCCAUAAUUCAUGUGCAUGGAAAGCAGUUUGAUGCAUUUUCUUUGUGGGAUUUAAAAAAAAAAAGUUCAUCCAAACAAUAUAUUAAUGAUGGAAAAUAAGAAAUAUUAAAGCCACGUCUCUGUUUCUGAAGGAUCUUAUGUUUGCACACAUGAGCAGUUGAAGUGUUUCUCCUGGUUUUUUAGUUUUAUUUUUUAAUUUGUCAUUGUUUUCUGAAGGGCUUCAGCAUAUCUUUAUCAUAUCUGACACUUCCCAUCAUGAGGUCAGGCUGCUCCAGACUCGUUCGUGAGUCAGAGGCUUCAUAAACAGAUCACUGCAGGAAGCUUCAGGCUCCAGAGUCAGGAAGUGACUUAAACAGAUGAAAGGAUGAUCCGGUCUGGUUAAGCCUCUCCUGACGUGACCAUAAGCAGAACGGUGAAGCCUAACGUCAUGUUAGAGACUCAUCCUGUCCAGUUUUCAUCGCAAUAAAAAUGGCAGCGUUUCUCUAAGGUUCAAAUCCGAUUUGACAGUUUCUGAUAAAAAAUGUGGAGCUUAAAACCAGAUUUUAUACAAGACAUUAGUUGUGCAGCUUUGGAGUGUGCUUGGUUUGUGUUUGUUCACAUGUUCACCAACCUUCUAAUAUCCCAAACCAAGGAAGAAAACUCAGAACAUUUAACAAUGAGUUAGCAUUCAUCAUACCUUUCCUCCUUCAUCCAAGCUCCAACAUCUGACUGCAAAAAGUCUUCAGAAAACGUGAGACAUUCAAAGCUGGCAAAGAUCAUUUCACUUCCACACGUCAACAAACUGCAGCUUUCCAGCUGAACCAUGAAUCUGGACAAGCGUUCAUCUUAGUAUUUUAUUUUCUCUACUUUAAAUAAUCACCGUUUUCGGGAAUUGCUGACUAAAAAGUUGACCGAAUUAGAGGUCCUAUUGAGCAUCGUGAUUCUUCCGCCGCCAUGCUUGAUGCUGGGAAACAUGGUUCAUCACGGUUGGGUUUAAACCUCCAUUUUUGGGUUUCGGUUCGAUAAAUGAUUUAUGUUUUACUAAACAACCAACAAAAAAUUCAGAAAAAUCUUUUUUUUUUUAAUUUGCUAAAAAGCAAGUUACAAUUUAGUUGUCUGAUAAUAUGCAAUAAAACAAUAAAUAAUACUUCUUAAAUUUAGCACGUUUGACACUUUCAACAAUUCAUUUUCCCCACGAUUUGGUUUUAAAGCAAGGACUGUGGCAUCCUGGAUGUUUAUGAUGGUGACACAUCCCUUCAUAGUCCAAAAAGUCAACGUUUUGGUGUCUUUAGUCAAACCCGCUUUCAUAAUCUGUCAGAUUAGCUCUGCUUCUUGUCCUAAUCUGGUUCUAACGUUUUAGACUCAGACAGUCUCUAAUCAUCUGUUCUUCAUCAACUUACUGCACCAGGAAUGACUCAGGUUUAUUCCACUAUUCUGUCUGUUCUUUGAUGCUUUUUGGACUUGCACAAUAAAACUUUGAAGUGGUCAAUACAGUAAAAAAAGGUCAGGUGUUCAGAAAGUACUGUCCAGUCAGAUCCACAUAACGCUCAGGAGGUUUCAACAGCACAUCCACAGAACGACGGGAUUGCAAACGCACUCUCACCCCUGUUUUGUCAUGACAAUCUAUCAUCAUUCUCAUUGGCAUCACCGUGGCAACCACAGGAUGCUUCCAUGAAUGUUUCGCUCCGGCCACCAGAAAGGGAGAAAACUGAAAGUGGGGGUAGAGUUAGGAGUCAUGGAGAUCUGUGAAGCCUGGUGUUGUUCGGUUUGUUUUGUGUACUAAAUGAUAAGUUGGUGUAAUGUUCCUGUAUUUAAUUAGCUUCAACCCGUUCAGAAAAUAAAGGGUUUCACAGUCUUAUUUGCAGCCAAGCGCCACAUAUAUAUCAAUAAAUAAUAAUUCAGAGCUUUGGUAUUUAAAUUCUGAUCACAUAGAGAUUCUAUAUAUAUGGAUAUUUGCCAAAAGUAAAAAUAAGAAGUGUAUUUAUGAUGUGUUUGUUAUCCUGAAGAGUAUUUUUCAAGGUAAACAGAUCUAAUCUAGGUGUUGAAUCAGUUGCUUCUCCUGCUUAAGUGGUCUAAGCUAAAGAGUCAUUGUAGGAUACCAUGAUGGAAUAUGUCAUAGUGUUCUUUUUUUUUUUUUACUUUUCAUAUUUAUUUCUCUGCCUACAUGUGUCCAGGUGUGGCAAUGUGUAAAACUUGUUGUUCACUUUAAUGCUUUUAUUUUGUAUUGUUUGGAUUCUUUUCUUUAAAAUGUGCCUUGCUUUGUGAUUUUGGCCUGACUUCAAUACAGUAGAUGGGUAUGAACAAAAAUGGCGGAUCACUCUUUUUGUGUUUUGUGGUCUCACUGGAUUUUUAGGUUUGCUGAGUCAUGCUGACGUCCUGCUGGCUGACUUGGAGGAUAACGCUUGAAAGAGGAAGAUGCUGAAAAAAAAUACCUUUACAAAAAAUAAGUAUACUUCAAGUAUAUGUUUAAAGUAUAUUUCCCCAAGUGCACUCAUAAAGUAUACUGGCAGUUAGUUUAUAGAAAGUAUACUUAAAGUAACCUUUCUGGAAUACUAUUAAUUUACUGGCAAUAAACUAAGUUUACUCUAAGUUUAUAAAAGUUUAUUAAAAGUAACCGUUCUGGUUUACUGUUAACUUACUGAGAAAAAGUUUUAAGUUUACAAAAGUACACUUUUAAGUAUAUCUAAUGUAGCUUUUAAGGUUUGCUUUAGUUUAUGAGUAAUAAACUUCUACUGAUUACUACAUACAAAUAUAUUUAAUAUAAUGGAGAUAUCCCAAGAAUACAUCUACUCCACUUUUAAUGCUAUGAAAGAAAAUACUUACGAACAAAUGUGUAUAUUUAGACUUGCUGUAUAAUUCUAAGAAUAAUCAAAAUAUAACAAGUACCUAAAAAGCAAACUAAAAGUAUGCUAUCUUAAACUUACUUUUAAAAAGUACAAAACACGCUUGAGUAUUCUUAUUUUUGAUAAGGGUAAAACAAAAGGAAAAAUGAUUUUUCUCUUAUUUUUUCCUCAAUUUGGGGAAAAUAAAAACUAAGACCCCUUUUUUGGUUUAGGCUGGUUCAGGAGUCACAUGUGGCUCUUUUACCUCUCAAUGAGGGCUCUUGUUAAAAUAAAUGUCUUUAUUUAAUUAACUAUAAAAGAAAACGUAAGUAAAUAGCAAAGUAAAAAAAAAA